UCGGCGUACUUGCCUGCGCCCGCCCCUCCAUCGACGAAGGUCGACGCGCCACCCGCCCCCUUAUGGGGAGGAGGAAGAAGUAGAAGACAGGAGACAAGAGGUGAAGACCAAGGAACGAGAGAGGACAAGAACGAGGCGAAGAGAGGGGAAAGCUGCCUACUCGUUGAGCUGGAGGAGAGAGAGAGAGAGAGAGAGAGAGAGAGAGAGAGAGAGAGAGAGAGAGAGAGAGAGAGAGAGAUUCAUCUUUUUCGUUGAUCGUUCUGUGUUCUGCUGCACCUGAAACAAGGUGUGUCUGGGUUCUUCUGUGCCUGUAUUACUUAGUCUGCCACAAUUUGGGAGAAACCUAUUCUGUCUGCAAAGCGCUUGACUUGGAGACAAGAGGUGAAGACAAGGAACAAGAGAGAACAAGAAACCGGGGAAGAGAGGGGAAAGCUGCCUACUCAUUGAGCUGGAAGCGAGGUCCCGUUGUGAGAAUCAACAUGAGGCAGCGGCAGGUGCGACCUGAUGGCACGGAUGGCUCAGAUCACGAGUUCCGCAUGGUUGUGGAUGACCGGUAUAAGCUGGCUGCUGCUGGUAAACUGCGUCUCAGGAAAGUAAUUGUGUGUCAGUCCUUUUUCUACGGAUUGAAGGGGAUUUGGACGGCCUUGUGCAUGCAGAGUAACAAAUCGGGAAUGGCUGAUGUAAAACUUCCAGCUGCUAUGGUGGAGGAUAAGUUGCCGCUAUCUCAGUUGGUGGCUGUUUUUGUUGGAGCAGCUGCUUUGCUGAUAGGCACCUCAGGGAUUCGAUCGAGCAGCCGCAUUGCCCUGCGGUUGUACAUGUUGAUGACAUGUAUUGCGGUCGUUUGCAGCGGCAUUACUGUCAAAGAGGGGAAAUACGCUGGCUUGGAAGACCCGAUCAAGAUCAUCGCCAUGGAAUCAUCAGACUCAAGAAGGUGGGCUGCUGUGCUCAUUUUUGUGGAUGCGCUUCUAGAAGCCUUUGGGAUGAUCGUACAGAUAUCAGGCAUAUUUGUGACCUUCUCUUUGUGUACCAACUUGGCACCGUCCAGGAGCAAGUAAAGCAGAACUGUUAAAAAAAAAAAAAAAAAACCAGAAUUGUGAAAAACACACCAAUGGUUACCACAAUGCGCCUGCUGCGUGAUAGGGGAUCAACCUCUCCUCAGUGGUGUUUUCGUUCUUGUCUUUUUUCUCCUCCUCUUCUUCUUCCUCCUCCUCCUUCUCCUCCUAUAAAACUUGGUGAGUGUACGUUGAGUCACUGAAUGAAUCGCAUUGGCCAAC